GCGAGCUGGGGUCGGCUACGGCCUAGAAGAGGCGGGCCGAGGGCAUCUAGUUGAGGCCCGCGGCAGUCCUGGGCUGUAGGAGGCGGCAGCCGCUCGGGCGGCGUUGUGAAGACGGCGGGUAUGGUGGGGCGGGAGAAAGAACUUUCCAUUCACUUUGUUCCUGGGAGCUGCCGGCUGGUGGAGGAGGAAGUUAACAUCCCCAGUAGGCGUGUUCUGGUUACUGGUGCCACUGGACUUCUCGGCAGAGCUGUACACAAGGAAUUUCAGCAGAAUAAUUGGCAUGCCGUUGGCUGUGGUUUUCGAAGAGCAAGACCAAAAUUUGAACAAGUUAAUCUGUUGGAUUCUGAUGCAGUUCAUCACAUCAUUCAUGAGUUUCAGCCUCAUGUCAUAGUACACUGUGCAGCAGAGAGAAGACCAGAUGUUGUAGAAAAUCAGCCAGAUGCUGCCUCUCAACUUAAUGUGAAUGCUUCUGGGAAUUUAGCAAAGGAAGCAGCUGCAAUUGGAGCAUUCCUCAUCUACAUAAGCUCAGAUUAUGUAUUUGAUGGAACAAAUCCACCUUAUAGAGAGGAAGACAUACCAUCUCCCCUAAAUCUAUAUGGCAAAACAAAAUUAGAAGGAGAAAAGGCUGUACUGGAGAACAACUUAGGAGCUGCUGUUUUGAGGAUUCCUAUUUUGUAUGGGGAAGUUGAAAAGCUUGAAGAAAGUGCUGUGACUGUUAUGUUUGAUAAAGUACAGUUCAGCAACAAGUCAGCAAACAUGGACCACUGGCAGCAAAGGUUCCCUACACAUGUCAAAGACGUAGCCACAGUGUGCAGACAGCUAGCGGAGAAGAGAAUGCUGGAUCCGUCAAUUAAAGGAACUUUUCACUGGUCUGGCAAUGAACAGAUGACUAAGUAUGAAAUGGCAUGUGCAAUUGCAGAUGCCUUCAACCUUCCUAGCAGUCAUUUAAGACCUAUUACUGACAGCCCUGUCUUAGGAGCACAACGUCCAAGAAAUGCUCAGCUUGACUGUUCCAAAUUAGAGACCUUAGGCAUCGGCCAGCGAACACCAUUUCGAAUUGGAAUCAAAGAAUCACUUUGGCCUUUUCUCAUCGACAAGAGAUGGAGACAAACGGUUUUUCAUUAGUUUAUGUGUUAUGUUUUUUAAUAAGAAGUAUAGUAUGUGGCACUUUUUAAAGAAUAAAGGAAAUAGUUUUGUAUGAGUACUCUUAAUCUUUCAGGUAAAAGAUGCUCUUGCACUAGUGAAUUAUCUAAAGAAACUAAAGGGCAAUGAUGCUGUGUUUGCAGUAAUAAUAUUUGUUUGUCAGUUUGUUCUGGCUUAACUUUCAGGUUCAGUGUAGUAAAUUAUGUUUCUUAAAUAUUUGAGAGCCAGGGCGAAACAGAUCUGCUGUAGACUUUUUUUUAAAAUACAUUCACUCCUAUAACCUCCAUAUUUUCAGGUUUCCUGCAACUGUUGACCCUUUUAUGGUAAUUGUUUUAAACUGUGUGAAAUAGUAUGAAAAUCAUUGAUGUUCAUUAUUGCUUUGCUUGAGCUCAGAUCAAAAUGUUUGAAGAAAGAAACUUUAUUUUUGCAACUUAAGUACAGUUUUUAUGCUUGAGAUAUUUCAAUAUGUUAUGUAUAUUGGAACUGCAGCUUAAUGCCUCCUGCUUUUUUAGCAGUGUAUGGUGAGCACAUGAAAGAGAGGGUGUGUAUGUGUAAAUUUUUGAAUAUAAAUAUAUAACUGUCUUCACUCCAUGUUGCUAAGUGAUAAUUCACAUGUGUGGUUAUACUAAUAAUAGUGGGCCUUGUAUGUCUUUUGACCUUUCAUGAUAAUAAAUAUGUACUGCUGGCAUGUAAUGCUUAGUUUUCUUGUAUUUCUCUUUUUAAGUGUAAGGACCAAAUAUCUAAACUGUUCUCUUCUUGUUUUAAUUUCACAUUCUUAUGUAACAUCUGAUGCUUAUAAAAGAAUAUAGUUGAUAACACUGAGAUAUAAAAUGCCACAAUAAGUGAACACCUGUGAACCUCCCACUUGAGAUCUAGAAUAUUAUAGGUAUUGUAUCUGCUUGUAUCAACUGAUUAUUUCUUUACUGAAAAUAAAUAUAUAAUAUUGUUAUAUA